AUGAGUUGUCCAAUGUUUAUGUAUGGUUUAACAGCUGGUUCAGUUAUACCAUUAUCAAUUGUUUAUAUGAUGCGACCUGAGAGUUUAAAAAACUUAUUUGAUUUAAUAUCAUCAUCAUUAUUAAUUGCAUUUAAUUGGUCCGAAGGUGUUGCUCAACGUUUUAAUUUAAGUAAUGAUUUAUUUUUUAAUAAUGAUAUCAAUCAAACAAUAUCAAUCAAAAUGUAUAGUUGUUAUACAAUUGAAUAUUGGUAUAAUAUUUUUUCAUGGAUAAUUUAUUUUUCUUUUAUAUUAUCAUUAAUAUUAUUUAUAUUAAAUCAACGUUUUAAGAAUUCUGAAGAAGACUUAUUUCAUAAUAAUAAUAAUGAAUACGAAUAUAGAACAACAGAUUUUGUUUUUUAUUAUUUUUGCAUCUUUAUUCUUGCUAUGACAUCAAUAUUAAUACGAAUUCUUAUGGAACAUUAUCUACUUGGAUAUUUGAAACCAUUUACUAUUGUAUAUUUGUUGUGGUAUAUUGUUUCAUUUGCUAUUUUUUUUUGUAUUUUAGAACAAAACUAUUUACCUAUGAAUGAAACUAAUUUAACAUCAAUUAUAUUCGGUAUUAUUGUUGGUUUUUAUAGUACAAUAUUUCUUCUUUGUCUAUCUGAUAUUGUAUAUUUAAGUAAAGAAAUGAUAAAAAUUAAAGACAAAAUAGAUGAUAUUCGAAAUAUAUAUACAAAUCAAAGUUUCUUGAAUCAAAUACCAUCGAUUAAUUAUUCUCAUAGUAAAAAUUCAUUAAUGUCAUGUGCAACAAAAAAAAUUUCCGGUCAAUUAUGUUUAUCAUAUAAUGAACAACGUCAAAUACUUGAUUAUAUUAAUUUUAUAUGUAAUAUGUCAAUACUUAUAUUUACGAGUUAUUCACUAUAUAUUUAUGGUAUUGGUACACAUCAUGGUUUAAAAUAUCGUUUUCUUUUUUUUCUUUUUAAACUAUUACUUAUAAUUCUAUCAAUAUGGCUAAAUCUAUAUUUUAAACAAGGUUUACCAAAUGAUAUAUUUCUUUAUAUAUGGAUAGAUAUUAAUUGUAUUAUAUCAAUCUAUCGUAGUUUACAUCAAACAAUAUAA